AGCUGUUGUUGCUCAACCCUCCGUCUGUGUGCUCCGCUCAGUGGGAGCCUCCUCGGCGUCAGCUCCCUCUCGCACCGACAUGGAUUCAAGCUGAACCGCGGCCGGUAGUUCUCACAUGGCAGGGCCGUGGAAGAGUCAACGAUCCGACGGUUACAUGCGUGGAAGUGGAACCAACACGCGUCGCCCUCCUCAUCGGAACAGAGAAAGACUAGAGAAGGAGAGAAGUGACCAUGGAGGCUGUAUUCCACUCUCCCUUCACUGCAGCUGGCCAACUGCCUUGGCUGCUUCUGACUCUGUUUACAGUAUGGACAGUCUUAUGUUCAGCCGACAUGAAGCAGACAAGAUGGCCAUUAUAUUCCCACAAGCCAUUUCUUCUUGCCUGGAAUGCCCCAACACAGGAGUGUGCCCCGCGACAUCGUGUAACUCUGUCUCUGGACCAGUUCGACAUUGUGGCGUCUCCCAAUGAGGGCUUUGUCCGGCAGAAUCUCACAAUUUUCUACAAGGAGCGUCUCGGCUUGUAUCCUUAUUACAAGCGCGAUGGCACCGCAGUGAAUGGGGGUCUUCCACAGCUCGCCAGCCUCGCUCAGCACUAUGAAAAGAUGCCCGGAGGCGUGCAGAAGUACAUCCGUGAGCCAGAUGCAAAAGGCCUGGCUGUUCUCGACUGGGAGGAGUGGCGCCCACUUUGGAUCCGAAAUUGGGAUAGCAAAGACGUUUAUCGAAGUAAAUCUCGUGAAAUGUUGGCCAAGAAGAAUCCUGGGUGGACCCCAGACCAAGUGGCUAAAGUUGCACAACAGGAAUUUGAGUCGUCAGCUCGUAAGUUUAUGCUGGAAACUUUAAAAUUGGCCAAGAGUCUGAGGCCCAAUCAACUGUGGGGCUUCUACCUGUUUCCAGACUGUUACAACCAUGAUUACAGGAAUGGACUGAAAAACUACACAGGCCGUUGCCCCUCAGUGGAGAUGGACCGCAAUGAUCAACUGAACUGGCUGUGGAUGGAAUGUACUGCAUUCUUCCCAUCCAUAUACAUGGGUUCGGUUCUACGCUCCUCAAACUACGGGCGUCUGUUUGUCCGGAACAGAGUGAAGGAGGCGAUGCGGCUGGCAUCUGUUGGGGAUGGAUUAGCAAAUCCUGUGUUUGUUUAUACCCGACCUACGUAUAUGAACCAGAUGACACUUCUAAGUGAGAUGGAUCUGGUCUCCACCAUCGGGGAGAGUGUUGCACUUGGAGCCGCAGGUAUAAUCUUCUGGGGGGAAAGCUCCUAUGCAAGCAGCGAGGAGAGCUGCUCCAUCCUAAAUAGGUAUCUUCAGGGACUCCUGGGCCAGUACCUGCUCAAUGUGUCCACAGCAGCAGAGCACUGCAGCCAGGUCAUGUGUAAAUCCCACGGUCGCUGUCUUCGCAGAGUACCAGACAGGGACGUGUACCUCCACCUCAGCCCCUUAACACACAGCAUCACCAGUCAGGGUGGCCAGUUAAAGGUUACAGGAGCACCUGGCCAAGCCGAGCUUACACUUUACCACACACACUUCCAGUGCCAGUGCUACCAUGGGUACAGGGGUGAGGCUUGUGCUCUGAAAGAAAAAGGGCAGAAUAGAGCCUCCUCUGUCUUCGGGACCUGGCCCCUUUGCCUUUUACUCCCACUAGGACUCCUCACUCUGCUACACUGAGGAAACACAGGAGCCCAAACUCCUAACCUGCGCCUGUCAGCUCUGAAAAGAACUCUAACUUUGUGAUGUAGAGGUGUCCGGUUACCCUGCACAAGUGACGGUGAAAUCUCGUCAUCACUCAUCUCGCACUAUGACAGGAUCUUUUUAUCCCAGCACACAGGUCAUCUGAAAGUAAUAUUUCUGUCUAACACGCUGCACUGGGAGAUCUCCAGUCAUGGUUCAGCUCCUCGAACUCAUGUCCUUGCAUCCAUUUGGCAGCGGAUGAACUUGCAUCGAAUUAUGUCACAAACCGAAUCCAAAUAUUAAGGCUUUUGUCAAGCUCCAUGCUGUCCUUGACCUCCAGAUUGGACAGGCCCUGCAGAAACAAUUACAAUUUAACUUGUUUUAAUCCACCUGUACUUUCCUAUGAUGAACACAACAACAUGAUGCCUAGCCAAAUGAGUGGAAACAAAUCAUCAUACAGUAUUUAAUUAGUUGUCGGUGCAACAAAAUGGUACUUUUAGGUAUUUUGGCUUUUCAGAUUGCUGCCUAAUAGUGUGUUUCCGUUGAUGAAUCAAGUGCUAUGACCUAUAGCCUUAAGAUGGACGUAUAAAUAAUACAUUAUGAUGGUGAUAAAUGUGGCAAAUGUAGUGUUAAAUCUCUUGAUUAUCUUUGGCUCAUUGAAACAACAUGGCUGAACCUGCCUGUUUCAGUUUUCAGAAUUGUGCCUUAACUGGGCUCCAAAGGCGUUUUAACUUUUGUUUACAUGUUGUGAUCAAUGAGGGUUUUGCAUUAGUGCAGUGAUGUUCAUCUCAGCCCACUUUGGGCGCAAUGCAAAAUGUGCAUUAAAAAAAGAGAGGCUGGACCAUAAAUCCAAACAAAUGUUAAUAUUUGUUUGAUGAAAAUGGUAACCUCUUACUUGGAUGUCACUGUGAAAAAGCUCAGCAUCCAGGUAGUGUAACAUUUGCCUUAUUAUUAUAAUUUUCUUUUCUUUUUGUGGCAUUUCAUCUUGAUUAAUAGACUGGUAAGCUGGUAAAAUGGUUACAGAAACAGUCGCUUCAGAAGAAUUCAAGCCCCCCCUACAGGCUUGAAUCCCAUUUGCCUUAUUUUGUUAUUUUCUUGAGGUCUAUCAAAUACGACAAGUAUCAUGUUAACGCAUCCAGAAUAAAUGCAAGAAUAUGUUAAUUUU